UGGCAGCCCUUUAAAUGUAUGUAUAAGAUUAAUUUUGAUGGCCAAAAUAUAACCAACACACUACACACAUGUGUAAUUAAAGCAAUAUGAACUCACUCCAUCUAAACCGUUAAAGUACAGUCAUAAAUCUAGACCGUUAAAUAUAACUGCUAACCCAUCUUCUCCCUCCCUAUCCAUUCUCUGCAAAACCAAUGGCUGCCAAGAUGAUGCUGUCAACCCCACAUCCACUCCCUCUCCGCUCUCUUCCAUUUCACACCACCAAACUACAACCAUGGCACCACCAACAACAACACCUUCCAACUUCAAAGCCAAAGAAACUUCGCUUAUCCCUUCACGAAAGUGCCGAAUUCAUCACUCACCAACAACAACUACUAAACCCAAAUUCUCUUUUAUUGCUUACAACAGAGACUGCUGGUUACUCUUUGGCUAGUUAUUAUACUUCUCUUGGUCUCUUUGUUAUCUCUGUUCCUGGUCUUUGGUCUCUCAUCAAACGUUCUGUUAAAUCCAAAAUUGUGAAGAAGACAUUUAUAGAGGAAGGUGGAAAUAAGGCACCGAAUCUGGUUGCAGGGGAGAUACUAUCAUUUUUUACUCGUAAUAAUUUUGCAGUGGUUGAUAGAGGAGAAACAAUCACGUUUGAAGGAGUGAUGGUUCCCAGCAGGGGGCAAGCAGCACUGUUAACUUUCUGCACUGCCAUCAGCUUGGCAAGUGUUUCCCUUGUGCUCACAAUAACUGUACCAGAUGUUGGCAAUAAUUGGUUUUUGUUAACCAUCUUAAGUCCAUUGGCAGGUGCUUAUUAUUGGACUCGAGCAUCCAGAAAGGAGCAAAUUAAGGUGAAAAUGAUAGUUAAAGAAGAUGGAACCCUAUCAGAGGUUGUUGUUCAAGGUGACGACCAACAAGUCGAGCAAAUGAGAAAGGAACUCAAGUUUAGUGAAAAGGGCAUGGUUUAUGUUAAAGGCCUUUUCGAAACAUAACUCAUUUUACCACAUGACAGAACAGAAUGUACACACAUGAAUCAACAUAUAAAGAGCAGCCACAGCUGAAUCCAAAAGCAAAUGUUUGUAAACUAAUUAUGUUCAAGCAGCUAGCUGACAGUUUUGAUAUUCGCAUCAGAGCACCUAGUUUAUUUAAGGUGGUUGUUAUGAUUCUUAUUUUUUAAGAUGUACCAAAUACAAUAUGUUCAAUGGCUACUUGUUUAAUUCAUCAGAUAUACAACACAAUCACAAUGGAAUAUUGUAUUCAAAAAUAAAUGCCACAGCCUAUUUGCUAAGCA